AUGAUUGAUCCAGGCCAGGGGUCUCCAAACUUUCUAAACAAAGGGCGAAAUUAUCUUUGGGGGAGGGGGGGACUGUGGCCAGUGGGAGUAGAAAAAGUUCUAAUGUCAGUGGCAGUAAAAAAUGCCCGUGACUGGUGGCAGUGGGAGGAAUAUGCCCUAUCAUUGGUACCAGUGGGAGGAAUAGUUCCCGUCAUUGGUAUCAGUGGGAGGAAAAGUGCCCCUUCUUUGGUAUCAUUGGGAGGAAUAGAGCCCCAUCAUUGUUAUCAGUGGGAGGAAUAGUGCCCCAUCAUUGGUAUCAGUGGGAGGAAUAGUGCCCCUUCAUUGGUAUCAGUGGGAGGAAUAGUGGCCCAUCAUUGGUAUCAGUGGAGGAGAAUAG